AUGGCAGACAAUUCUACCACUUUGUCUGUCAACACACAGCCAGCACAAACUACAAUUCCAAUCACAAGCGUUAUAAGUCCCUCUUCACCUGCUCCUGGACCAACAUUAUCUACCGCUAGUUUAACUCAGACUGCUCCUCUUCCUCGUAGACAUUCAAUUUAUGGAACUGGAGAAGACAGGAUAGUCUUAGAUGUUGGAAGUUUAUACAUAAAAGCUGGUUUUAGUGGUGAAUCAAGGCCACGACAUGUUGUGCCAAUUUUUGCAGGAAAUAUGAAGGCACACUGGGAGCCAGACUUGACAGGAAGUGGCGGGUCACGAAGAGAUUGUGGUGAAGGCUGCCGUAUUAUUGGAGGAUUUUCUGAAUUGUUUGAUUUGAGUAUUGGGAGAACUUCUGAAGAAUUAGAGUCACUCUAUGAUCGAAUGGCGCAUUAUCUACACGAUAUUUACUUUAGAUACCUCUUGACAGAUCCCAAACAACGUAAAGUGGUGCUUUGCGAAUCGCCUAUGAUGCCAUUGAAAUUGAAACAGCUAAUUGCAAAAGUGCUCUUUGAAAAUCUUCAGGUCCCUUCAAUAUCGUUCGCACCAUCUCACAUGUUGGCUUUGCUUACCACUGGAUGUACUACGGGAUUAGUUGUCGAUUGUGGUCAUUUAGAGACGACUGUUAUGCCGACUUUUAGUGCAAGACCAUUAAAUCCUUUUAUCAGGACUACUCCAUUGGCCGGUCGAGCUCUUACUCAAAGACUUAAAAAGCUAAUUUCUGAAUUCGGGAAGAUAAUUGUUCCCCCGUCUACCAAUCGACAGCCUAUCCACCUUAAAUAUUUAACACCAACCGUCCUCGAAGAUAUAAAAACCCGAUUUCUUUACGUUGGACCAAUGAUAAUACCUUCCACGUCGAGUAUCGUCAGUGCUGAGAAAACUCCCGAAGAAGAUUUCGAGAAAAAGUAUGCAUCAAUCAGUUCAGCUACCGAGAUCUACUAUCCAAUCACAUUAAGCAAACAUGGCAGGGAGAGACAGAUGGGAACACUUGUAUUGCCAGGUUGGAUAAGAGAACGAGCAGCUGAAGUGUUGUUUGAAGGGGAUGAGGAUGAAUCAAGUAUCGUAGGAUGUUUAUUGGAAUGCCUAUUAAAGACACCAAUACAUCUCCGCCAACCCCUUGCUGCUUCUAUACUGUUGAUUGGAGGAACCACUCUUUUACCGAAUUUCCAACCUAGACUACAUCAGGAAAUACUUCGUGCAUUAAGCACGGAUAACCGAUUCCAGAAUCUGAAUGGGCUUAAUAAUCAUAUAGCAUUUUUAGAGGAAAAAAGCAACGGCAAAGUUUUUGUUGCUAAUUGUCGUGCUUGGGUUGGUGGCUCGUUAAUAGGAUCUCUCAAGUCGACUGUAGUUGAAAUAACUAGAGAAAAAUAUUCAGGCAAAGUCCCCGAUUGGACUACUGAGAGUAUAGCUAGAUCUAAACCUAACCCCGGAAAGGUCAUAUACGAUGUCGUACAUGUGUGGUUUCUAAUCAGUCCACCCAAUCAUUUGAGUCGAAGUCUUUUGUGGGAAGUCACGUUUAUCUUUUAUCGAAUUUCCCAAUUGCAAAAAGUUCCGUCUCCAAUUUUUCCUACACCCACAAGUCCCCUCCCCUCUUUCCGAGAGGCCUCUUUUCACAAAGCGUCCCCACCCCUAAAGAGAAACGAACCCCACUAUAAGAAGACUCCAAAACAACGAGUGUUCAAUGAAGUUAACCCAGUUAUUCGAAAGUCAGUCGGUUUUCGUCUUGUUCGCCUUCCACAACAAUUUUGUGAGGCACGUGAUCAAUUCGAUCGUGGCUUCGAGUCGGAAGCUUUUCACCGUCUCGAAGAAAUAGUAAAGACCAUUGACGUACUAAAAGAUUUUAAGGCUAAAUGUGCAGAUUUGCACUUGCCGACCUCAAUGAUUCCUCCGGUGUCUCAUCCUCCGCCAAAUACUAUAGCUGUUGCUCCCACUACUGUAACUGCCGCAAAAUCUAACAAGAGAUCUGUGGCGACGAAAAACGACAAACCGAGGAAGCAGAUAAAAACAACAGUUGAUGAUACACCGACUAUUACUAGUGAAAUGUAUCCGGUUAAUUAUACUACCAAUGAUUUGAGUCGUGCAUCUCAAUCUACCAUUACAACUCCGAAUCCUGUUGUAAUUCCGUCGACCCCUCGUACUCAUACUCAUGCUCCUUUAGAUCCGGAACUCAUCCGGCGUCUUGAUGCUAUUUUUCUUAAUUUCUUACAAAACAUUUGCUCGGAUUUGAAUGCUAUGGAUUCAAAAGGAGAACAGAUACAUCAAACAUUGAUGGCAAAGAAAAUGCAGAAAUUAGAUGAAUCGCCUGAUUUUCGACCAUUCAAGUUUCGUAUUCAAGCUUUUACCAACGCAUUUUAUGAAGAAUUAAUGAGAUCCGGAUUUAACGAGGAAAUGUUACCUCUGCGUAAAGUGAAAAAUUACUUGUGGACUCAAAGAUAUAUUUCCCGAUUCAAUGAAGACGGAAAGAAAGCAAAGAGCAAGGGAAAUCACGUCUGGAACAUCGAAGCUAAGAAAAUCCCCACCGGUGGAUGGAUAUUUCGUGAAUUCACAAGAAAGAUUGCCGGUAUUCCAGACAAAAUUGCAUAUAUUGGCCUAAGAUAUAAUUAUGCACCACGAGUUUGGGAUCCUCAAGUGAAUGUUAAAUCAAUAAAGGCUGUGUUUCAUUCACCUGUUUUGCCAGAUUGGCUUAAUUGGGAAAAUAAUGUUCUUACCGGUACUCCAGGUCUCGAUUCCCAAAGCUGUGAAGUAACAGCUAUUGCCAACUAUUAUCACGGCGACACUGUAUAUAAACUCGAAAAAACAUUUGUGAUUCAAGUCGCUCAUCUCGAUACUUCUCAAGAACACGAAAUGAAUCAAAUUGUUAAUCCAGUUGCAAUGGCCGAUUAUCAAUUGCAACCGCAUCUCGAAGAUGGCCCAAUUGCUGUUGUAGAACAGCCACAAAUUAAUCCCUAUAUAUCGUCCAACAACAAUAGCAAUAUUGAUAGAAAAGAAAAUGAAGAAAAUCUAGCGAAAUCAUAUUACAAUUAG